UUCAAAUCGAUGGGAAGAUCCGGCACUUGGACGGCCAUGUUUGUAGUGGCAGUAGCCAUGCUAGGCGUUGUGGCGGCGGUGGAUCUGUGCGCUCCUGCGCCACAGCCGGCUCCGCCGCCAGGACCGGACUGCUACUCCAUCGUCCUGGCCAUGGCCGACUGCCUGGGGUUCGUGCAGAAUGGCAGCACCCAGGCCAAGCCCAGCGCGGCGUGCUGUGAUGGGAUGAAGUCGGUGCUGAAGCAGGGCCCUCAGUGUCUCUGCCUCGUCCUCAGGGAUAGUGGUAGCCUCGGAAUCGCCGUCAACACUACUAAAGCCCUCGAACUUCCCGGUGCUUGUGGUGUUUCUGCUCCUCGUAUCAGUCAAUGCUAUGGUGCAGGCGGUAGUCCCGUUGCUCCUCCUACUCCAGCUCCCCAACCUCCGAAAUCUUCUCCACCACCCUCGCCAUCUCCUACAUCUCCUCCUCCUCAGGCUGCGCCGUCCCCUGCAACUCCUCCUCCUCAGGCUGCGCCGUCCCCUGCAACUCCUCCUCCUCCACAGGCUGCGCCGUCCCCUGCAACUCCUCCUCCUCCUCAGGCUGCGCCGUCCCCUGCAACUCCUCCUCCUCCACAGGCUGCGCCGUCCCCUGCAACUCCUCCUCCUCCUCAGGCUGCGCCGUCCCCUGCAACUCCUCCUCCUCAGGCUGCGCCGUCCCCUGCAACUCCUCCUCCUCCACAGGCUGCACCGUCUCCUAGCAGCCCACCGCAGGCGCCUGUUCAACCUCCGGCGGCAAGCCCUCCUGCACCUUCUGCUCCAGCGGCUGCUCCCAGCGGCGGCGGCUUUUCACCGGCCCCUGCCGUCCCACCAUCUUCUGAUGAUAACAGCAAUUCAGGAGCCAAUUUCGUUGCUGUUCCUUGUCUUCUGUCAGCUGUCCUCGGAAUUGCCUUACUGACCUUCCAUUAUUAGGCUUCCAUUGCCUUUCCCCUUUUUUCUUUCAAUUUUAAACAUUGUAGGUAUCCUCCUGUAUCUACUGUGGGAUUCCCUCAUGAAGAUAGGAGAUGACAGUUUCCAAAAACUUUUAGCUA